AUGUCUACUCGAGCGCUUCUCCGACCCCUCGCGCGGGGCAUCCCCGGCUCGCCGGCAGCUAGACUCGCUGGCCGCCGGACCUUUGCCCUCAGCGCCCCCACCCGCCGUGCCACCGAUAAUCUCAACAUCAAGAAGCUGUCCGAUCAGCGAAGCAGCUAUGAGCGGGACCGCAUGGCCUUCCUCGCCGCCGGUGCACUCGCUGGCGUCGUUGGCAUCAUUUACACCUCACUGAAGCUCAAAGAUGCCCUAGCCAAGGAACGCGGGGACAAGACCACCAAGAUGGACACCGGCAAGGUGCCCACCGAAACCUUCACCGUUGACGGCGGAACCAAGCGCAAGGUCGUCGUACACGACGCCGACGGAAACGAGAUUGUCCCCACGGGGAACUCCACCGUCCCGACCUUUCCUCGAACCAUCGACCUGUCCCAACUCUCCGGCUCGCCAGACGCGCCCCGACUCCCCGCCACUACCCGCGAUGACAUCAACACGGAGUAUACCCUCGUCGGCCUUGGUCUGCGGAGCGUCACCUUUCUCGGCAUACAGGUCUAUGUCGUGGGCUUUUACGUCGCGACUGCCGAUAUUGCCACGCUGCAAAAUUACCUGGUGAAGAGGGUGAACAAGCUUGCUACGACGCUCGUGUCUGGCGAGAAGGACGAACUCCGCGCUGCGCUAUUGAACCCAACCGAGGGUGAAGAAACGUGGGACACUCUGCUCCGACAGUCGGGCGUUCGAACGGUUUUGCGAAUUGCGCCGGUUCGUGACACUGACUUCCCCCACCUCCGAGACGGUUUUAUCAGGGCUAUUGCCGCGCGGUCGCAAUCCAACCCUGCAUACAACGACGACGCUUUUGGUGAAGCGAUCCGCUCAUUUAAGAGCCUUCUCCAGCGCGGCAAGGUUCCCAAGGACCGUGAGCUCUUGCUCUGCCGCGAUGCCCCGGGCCGACUCAUUGUCUUGUAUGAUGACAAGACCGGCACGGGUAGGGUAGAGAUUGGCAGGGUGGUGGAUGAGAGGCUGUCGAGGCUUCUCUGGCUCAACUAUCUUGCAGGAAGCAAGGUUGCGUCGGAACCCGCCCGGCAGAGUAUCAUCGAUGGGAUCAUGGAGUUUGUAGAGAGACCUGUCGGCACUGUUGCUGCGCAAGUCGUAUAA